AUGAAAUUUUUAUUGAUAAUUUCACUUAUAGUUCUGAAAUGUAUAUCAUUUGUUGAUGUUACUCUUUUUGAAGUAAAUUUGAAUGAUUUGAUAAUAAACUUAAACUAAAAUGAAGCAAAGAGUUUAGUUUUGAAUGAAGCUAGAAGUGCAAUAUUAUAAUCUGAAAAUAAUAGUCUUGGUUGUUAAAUUAUUCCUUUACAUUUAAAAUUAGAAACUCAAGAACUUCGAAUUAUUCAAGAUGUAAAUUUUCUUGAAUCUGAUUUAAAUGAUGAACUUAAUUUUAAAUAGUUUAUAUCAAUGACUCAUAUAAAUGAUGGUAUGUUAGCAAUAACUUCAAAUUUGGUAGUUUAUUUACUGAAAUUCAAUUAUAAUUUUUUAUCAUAACAUGAUUUUAAGGAGAUAGGAUAAUAAUUUGCUAAAAUUGUUUGGAGAUUCAAUCUUACUCAAUUAACUACAGCAAUUAAUUUAGAGUAACAAUUUCCUAAAUUAUUGUAUGCUCCAUCAUCUAAUGUAGCAUUUCUAUUAUAGAAUGAUAGAGCAUAAUUAUUUAGUUUGGCUUAAAUAGAAUCUUAGGGAAGUUCUUUAAGUGUAUAUGAUGUUCCAACUUGGAGAAAUAGAAUAUUUAGAGGAUUUACAAAAGAAAUAGAUGGAUUGAUUUUUAGUGCUGUCGGUAAAGAUGGAUUAGAUAUUUAUAAAAUUAUAGAGAAGGGAUUAGAAUUUAUUAAAAAUAUUAAAUUUCUUCAUUAAUACGAAUAAAUUAAUAUAAUUGAUUUUUCAAUUGUUAAAAAGAGUAUUAUUGAUAAAUGUUACAGUUUAUUUAUUUUGGAUAAGGAAAAUGGAUUAUUUUUAGGUGAAAUAGAAUGGAAUUUAAAAGAAAUUAGUUAUAAUUUUAAAUUCUGGAUAGAAAAUGUAACUGGAGGAAUAUCAGUAGAUUCAAAGAAUGGUAGAAAUGUAUUUUUUGGUUAUUAAUAACAAUAAUAAGUUUAUUAUUUAAUAGAAUAUUAUAUAAAUAUAUAGAAUGGAUAUAAUUUUAUUAUAAGAAAGAAAUAAAUUAAUUCAAAGAUAAUAGAUAUAGAUGCAUCUGAUGAAUUUGUUAUUGUUUAAGGAGUGAAUUUACACACAAUUAUCUUUUGUAAUGAUUAUGAUUAUUUAAUGAGUAAUUAAAGUGAUUAGAUUUUCAAACAUGCAGGAUUAAGAGAUUUUGAAUUUUUUAAUUAAGAAUAUAAGUUAGAAGGAUACAAUGAUUUAAAUAAAGAAUAUGAAAAAGAUGACUUUUUUUUUGGUAUAACAUCUUAAACAGCCUUUUUGACUCGUUUUAGAGUGUAACCAGUAUAAAUUCAUUGUUUAUACCAUCCAUAGAACUGUAUUGAGUAAAUGUUAUGAAAUUAGCAAUUACUGGUGAUACAUUUAUUUAUAAACUGUAAUACAAUAUGACACAUAAAAAUUUAACAGGAUUCCUAGUUAGAUACACAUAAAAUGUGAAAGUAAAUAUAAUAGAAAUUUACUUAUAUGAAAAUGACAUGGAAUUAAUAUAGUGGUUUUUAUUUAUUUUUGGGUUUUUGUUAUUAAUUAUAUCAGUGAAAGCAACUAUUUGGUUUGAUAGAUAGAAUAGAAUAAUAGAUAAGAUAAAUAUUACCAUAGAAAAUAUGAGAUUGUACAAUAAGGAAUAUAAAUAAGAUAUUGGACCAUAAACAGGUAAGAUAGAUGAGACAUCUGUUUUUUAGGUUAAGAAUUAAUCAAUGAUAUAAUAAUGA